AUGGCAGCCACCACGGUGACCGACUCUGGGGGCGUGAGGAUCAUCACGGAGGUCAUCCCGGCCACAGACCCCCGAGCGGCCCAGCUGGCCUCCGGCUCCAGGCCGUCCGCGCCCGCGGUGUCGUCAUUUCAAGUCAGAGGCUUCAGAAGGGCUCAGCCCAAGGCGCUGGGGACCAUCCACAUCUUCACCGGGAUCAUCCACAUCUGCUUCGGGAUCAUCCUGACGGUGUCGGAAUACAGGACCCCUUCCCUCCCUGUGGCCAGCGGGGUCCUCUUCUGGCUUGGGCUCCUGCAGCUCCUGGUCUCAGGCUCUCUGCUGGUGGAAAGUGAAAAAAGAGAUAACAUCUUGCUGGUGAAGACCUGCUGCAUCAUCAACAUGGGGGUCAUCCUGAGCACGCUGGUGGCCACCCUUGUCCACACCACGGCCAUCACUCACAACAUCCCCGGCUGCGAGACCAACGUGCCGUACCAGCUGAAAGCCGAGUGGUGCUUCAAUGCUGAGAACAAGAUCCUGAGCAACGGGCUGGAUUCCAUGUUCGUCAUCUUCUGCCUCCUGGAGUUCUGCACGGCGGUGGCGGCCCUGGCCUUCGGCUACGAUGCCAUCAAGCAGCACAACUACACGCGCAUGGCGCUGUAG